AUGACGUCAAAAUGUUCAAAAUUCAAGUGGAACCACGAGCCACAGUCGAGUGGUAUCAUCGAAAAGUUUUGAGCAUUUUGACGCCAAUUCUAUUGGCGAUAAGAGUACAAGCUGUAGAAAACUGUCGUCGAUUUGUUUUGUACAAUAACAUUGACAGAUUUUGACGUCCGUUGCCGUUGAAGUUUAUUGGAAAAUCGUGCGCGAGGGAAAAAGAAAUAAAUAUUGCCUCAUCAUGACGUCAUGUCCAUGAUCUGCUGUUCGACAAUAGCACUCAGUUAUUCAGCGCGCAAGAAUCCCCUCAGUUAAAAAUAUCUUUUGACAUUGUGCAUAAAAUAUGCCUUGCAUUUAUUCAGCCCUACACGUCAACAAAUAGACCAAACACGCCCGUUUCUACGUCAGUAGAAAAAGUUCCAAAACGACGGACCUUUUCGUAACCAAAAAGAAUCAAAAUAACCCGUUAACGAGCAAGCAAUAGGUUUUUGGAUAGUAAAACCUUAAUAAUUUGCCGACAAAAAAAGCACUAAGUAAACCCAAAAAACAAGUACCAUUACGAUGUAAAAAAACAUUGCUACAAAGGUCUCUUAUGAAUGACAAGGCCGAACAAUUUUGUCCACAGACUCAAACGUAACAGCCACAUACUAGAAUAAAUAAAACAUAAAAAUACUUCCAAAGACCUUUCAUUUGAAUGGUCAUCCCAUAGCUAGCAGGAACCACAUAUCCCUAGAGUUAUGUGUUCCCCUACCUGGGAAACACAUAUCCCUAGUGUUAUGUGUUCCCCUACCUGGGAAACAAACAUUUCUAGUGUUAUGUGUUCCCCUACCUGGGAAACACAUAUCCCUAGUGUUAUGUGUUCCCCUAACUGAGAAACACACAUCCCUAGUGUUAUGUGUUCCCCUACCAGGGAAACACAUAUCCCUAGUGUUAUGUGUUCCCCUACCUGGGAAACACAUAUCCCUAGUGUUAUGUGUUCCCCUACCAAAAAAACACAUACCCCUAGGGUAAUGUGUUCCGCUACCUAGGAAACACAUAUCCCUAGUGUUAUGUCUUCCUCUACCUGGGAAACACAUAUCCCUAGUGUUAUGUGUUCCCCUACCUGGGAAACACAUAUCCCUAGUGUUAUGUGUUCCCCUACCUGGGAAACACAUAUCCCUAGUGUUACGUGUUCCCCUACCUGGGAAACACAUAUCCGUAGUGUUAUGUGUUCCCCUACCUGGAAAACACAUAUCCCUAGUGCUAUGUGUUCCCCUACCCAGGAAACACACAUCCCUAGAUAGUGUUAUGUGUUCCCCUACCCAGGAAACACAGAUCCCUAGUGUUAUGUGUUCCCCUAUCUGGGAAACACAUAUCCCUAGUGUUAUGUGUUCCCCUACCUAGGAAAAACAUAUCCCUAGUGUUAUGUGUUCCCCUACCUGGGAAAAACACAUCCCUAGUGUUAUGUGUUCCCCUACCUGGAAAACACACAUCCCUAGUGUUAUGUGUUCCCCUACCUGGGAAACACACAUCCCUAGUGUUAUGUGUUCCCCUACCUGGAAAACACAUAUCCCUAGUGUUAUGUGUUCCCUACCCAGGAAACAGACAUCCCUAGUGUUAUGUGUUCCCCUACCUGGGAAACACAUAUCUUUAGUGUUAUGUGUUUCUCUACCCGGGGAGCACAUAUCCAUAGUGUUAUGCGUUCCCCUACCCAAGAAACACAUACCCGUAGGGUUAUGUCUUCCACUACCUGGGAAACACAUAUCCCUAGUGUUAUGUGUUGCCCUACCUGGGAAAAACACAUCCCUAGUGCUAUGUGUUCCCCUACCCAGGAAACACAUAUCCCUAGUGUUAUGUGUUCCCCUAUCUAGGAAACACACAUCCCUAGUGUUAUGUGUUCCUCUACCUGGGAAACACACAUCCCUAGUGUUAUGUGUUCCGCUACCCAGGAAACAAAUAUCCCUAGUGUUAUGUGUUCCCCUACCCAGAAAACACAUAUCCCUAGUGUUAUGUGUUGCCCUACCUCGGAAACACACAUCCCUAGUGUUAUGUGUUCCCCUACCUGGCAAACACAUAUCUUUAGUGUUAUGUGUUCCUCUACCCAGGGAGCACAUAUCCCUAGUGUUAUUUGUUCCCCUACCUCGGAAACAUAUCCCUAGUGUUAUUUGUUCCCCUACCUGGGAAACACACAUCCCUAGUGUUAUGUGUUCCCCUACCUGGGAAACACAUAUCUUUAGUGUUAUGUGUUUCUCUACCCGGGGAGCACAUAUCCAUAGUGUUAUGCGUUCCCCUACCCAAGAAACACAUACCCGUAGGGUUAUGUCUUCCACUACCUGGGAAACACAUAUCCCUAGUGUUAUGUGUUGCCCUACCUGGGAAAAACACAUCCCUAGUGCUAUGUGUUCCCCUACCCAGGAAACACAUAUCCCUAGUGUUAUGUGUUCCCCUAUCUAGGAAACACACAUCCCUAGUGUUAUGUGUUCCUCUACCUGGGAAACACACAUCCCUAGUGUUAUGUGUUCCGCUACCCAGGAAACAAAUAUCCCUAGUGUUAUGUGUUCCCCUACCCAGAAAACACAUAUCCCUAGUGUUAUGUGUUGCCCUACCUCGGAAACACACAUCCCUAGUGUUAUGUGUUCCCCUACCUGGCAAACACAUAUCUUUAGUGUUAUGUGUUCCUCUACCCAGGGAGCACAUAUCCCUAGUGUUAUUUGUUCCCCUACCUCGGAAACAUAUCCCUAGUGUUAUUUGUUCCCCUACCUGGGAAACACACAUCCCUAGUGUUAUGUGUUCCCCUACCUGGGAAACACAUAUCUUUAGUGUUAUGUGUUUCUCUACCCGGGGAGCACAUAUCCAUAGUGUUAUGCGUUCCCCUACCCAAGAAACACAUACCCGUAGGGUUAUGUCUUCCACUACCUGGGAAACACAUAUCCCUAGUGUUAUGUGUUGCCCUACCUGGGAAAAACACAUCCCUAGUGCUAUGUGUUCCCCUACCCAGGAAACACAUAUCCCUAGUGUUAUGUGUUCCCCUAUCUAGGAAACACACAUCCCUAGUGUUAUGUGUUCCUCUACCUGGGAAACACACAUCCCUAGUGUUAUGUGUUCCGCUACCCAGGAAACAAAUAUCCCUAGUGUUAUGUGUUCCCCUACCCAGAAAACACAUAUCCCUAGUGUUAUGUGUUGCCCUACCUCGGAAACACACAUCCCUAGUGUUAUGUGUUCCCCUACCUGGCAAACACAUAUCUUUAGUGUUAUGUGUUCCUCUACCCAGGGAGCACAUAUCCCUAGUGUUAUUUGUUCCCCUACCUCGGAAACAUAUCCCUAGUGUUAUUUGUUCCCCUACCUGGGAAACACAUAUCCCUAGUGUUAUGUGUUCCCCUACCUGGGAAACACAUAUCUUUAGUGUUAUGUGUUUCUCUACCCGGGGAGCACAUAUCCAUAGUGUUAUGCGUUCCCCUACCCAAGAAACACAUACCGGUAGGGUUAUGUCUUCCACUACCUGGGAAACACAUAUCCAUAGUGUUAUGUGUUCCUCUACCUGGGAAACACAUAUCCCUAGUGUUACGUGUUCCCCUACCCGGAAAACACACAUCCCUAGUGUUAUGUGUUCCCCUACCUGGGAAACACAGAUCCCUAGUGUUAUGUGUUCCCCUACCCAGGAAAGACAUAUCCCUAGUGUUAUGUGUUCCCCUACCCAGGAAACACAUAUCCCUAGUGUUAUGUGUUCCCCUACCUUGGAAACACACAUACCUAGUGUUAUGUGUUCCCCUACCUGGGAAACACAUAUCCCUAGUGUUAUGUGUUCCCCUACCUGGGAAACACAUAUCCCUAGUGUUAUGUGUUCCCCUACCUGGGAAACACAUAUCCCUAGUGUUAUGUGUUCCCCUACCUGGGAAACACAUAUCCCUAGUGUUAUGUGUUCCCCUACCUGGGAAACACAUAUCCCUAGUGUUAUGUGUUCCCCUACCUGGGAAACACAUAUCCCUAGUGUUAUGUGUUCCCCUACCUGGGAAACACAUAUCCCUAGUGUUAUGUGUUCCCCUACCUGGGAAACACAUAUCCCUAGUGUUAUGUGUUCCCCUACCCAGGAAACACAUAUCCCUAGUUUUAUGUGUUGCCCUACCUCGGAAACACACAUCCCUAGUGUUAUGUGUUCCCCUACCUGGCAAACACAUAUCUUUAGUGUUAUGUGUUCCUCUGCACAGGGAGAACAUAUCCCUAGUGUUAUGCGUUCCCUUAGCCAGGAAACACAUAUCACUAGUGUUAUGUGUUCCCCUACCCAGGAAAAACAUACCCGUAGGGUUAUGUCUUCCGCUACCUGGGAAACACAUAUCCCUAGUGUUAUGUCUUCCCCUACCUGGGAAACACAUAUCCUUAGUGUUAUGUGUUCCCCUACCUGGGAAACACAUAUCCCUAGUGUUAUGUGUUCCCCUACCCAGGCAACACAUAACACUAGUGUUAUUUGUUCCCCUACCUUGGAAACAUAUCCCUAGUGUUAUUUGUUCCCCUACCUGGGAAACACAUAUCCCUAGUGUUAUGUGUUCCCCUACCUGGGAAACACAUAUCGCUAGUGUUAUGUGUUCCCCUACCUGGGAAACAGAUAUCCCUAGUGUUAUGCGUUCUGCUACCCAGGAAACACAUAUCCCUAGUGUUAUGUGUUCCCCUACCCAGGAAACACAUAUCUGUAGUGUUAUGUGUUCCCCUACCUGGGAAAGUUAUAUCCCUAGUGUUAUGUGUUCCCCUACCUGGGAAACACAUCUCCCUAGUGUUAUGUGUUCCCCUACCUGGGAAACACAGAUCCCUAGUGUUAUGUGUUCCCCUACCCAGGAAACACAUAUUGCUAGUGUUAUGAGUUCGCCUACCUGGGAAACACAUAUCCCUAGUGUUAUG